AUGCUGCUGCCCAUGGAGCUUUCUGCUGUAGAAGUAGAAGGAACAGGUUUCAGGCUGUUUUCAGGUCCAGAAUUUAUUAUUUUGUCUAGUGAACCACCAGUGACCUUGCAGCUGCCUGGAUCAAUUGUGACUAAAAAAGGGAAAUCCUACUUGUCCCAAAGGGAUCUCAAUGUGAUUCUACUCAACGGGCAGUGCCUUGAGGUGCAAUGUGACAUCAAGUCCAAAGCAAGAGAUGUUUUCAACACUGUGGUGGCAUAUGCAAACUUGGUAGAACAUUUCUACUUUGGCUUGGCUUACCUGAAAGGUAAAGAAUUCUUCUUUUUGGAUGAGGAGACCAAACUCUACAAAGUGGCACCAGAUGGCUGGAAUGACCAACCCAAGAAAAACCUCCAUUAUUUUUCACUCUUUCUAAGGAUAAAAUUCUUUGUCAACCACUUUAAUGUUAUCCAGCACGGCUUGACAAGGCAUCAGUUUUACCUGCAGCUUCGUAAAGAUAUUUUGGAGGAGCGAUUAUAUUGCAAUGAUGAGACUGCCCUGAAACUUGGCGCUUUGGCUUUACAGGCAGAGCUUGGCAAUUAUGCUUCUGAGAUGCAUGGAAAGAGCUAUUUUCGUGUUGAAGACUACAUUCCAGCAAGCCGAAUAGAGAAACUGACCCUAGCAUAUGUACAGCGAGAGCUUGCUAAAUUACACCGUAUGAAUCGUUCCCUAUUUGAGGAUGAAGCUGAACUAGAAUUUUUAAAGGUGAUUCAGCAACUCCCUGAAUAUGGAGUGUUAUUCUAUCGUGUGUCCCAAGAGAAGAAAGGAGCAGGAGGGGACAUCAUCCUGGGAAUCUGUGCCAAAGGCAUCAUUGUGUAUGAAAUCAAAAAUCACACAAGAAUUGCCAGUUUAAGAUUCCAGUGGCGUGAAACAGAGAGAAUUUCAGCUCAUAGAAAAAAAUUCAUGAUUGAAAGCAGCUUCAGUGGCAAGAAACACACCUUCAUUACUGAUACAGCAAAGACAUGUAAAUAUCUACUGGACCUCUGCUCUGCCCAGCACAAAUUCAAUGCACAGAUGAAUUCUAGGCAACUUCGGCAAACUUCAUCAGAGGAAGGCAAAUUUGUGGAAAUAGACAAAUCAAAUUCUGCAUAUGCAGCUCAGCGUGAACACCUUGCCCUGAUUCAGAGACUGUCUCGUUCAGAGAAUGUGCUCUAUGGAGCAAACCUGGAAAACCUUUCUGCUGGGAUGAUGAGCAAAUCUUGUGACAACCUCAGUGUGGAAACCAACAGCAGGACUAGAGAUAAAAGCAAUCUGGGCAGAUCCACAUCAGCGCUAUCCCAGUCAGAAAUGCACAUCAAUUUGAACGGAAAGCAAAGGAGUUACGACUACCUCUCUAUCCAUUCAACUCAGAACACAAUCAGUGCACCUGGAUCCCCAGCCAUCCAAAAGGAGGUUUUGCUAAGUGGUCUAGAACGAGAAAUCAUUUGUGUCAGCCUAAAACGUGACCCUAAGAACGGAUUUGGUUUUGUAAUUAUUGGAGGAGAAAAUGUAGGAAAAUUAGACCUCGGUAUCUUUAUCGCUUCAAUUAUACCUGGGGGACCUGCAGACAGAGCUGGAAAUAUCAAACCAGGAGGACGACUCAUCUCUGUGAAUAAUAUUAGUCUUGAGGGAGUUUCAUUUAACACUGCAGUUAAAAUCAUACAAAAUUCUCCCGAUGAAGUGGAGCUUAUCAUCUCUCAACCCAAAGACAUGUACGAAGAAGGAGUAAAUGAAGAAAAGAAUCUAUCAAGAGGAAACAGCACUAGUGGAUCUGAGAUCUCUUGUGUAGAGGGUGGGAGAAAAAAGAUUCAAGAUUGUCAUACAGCUCUCCCCAAAGAACAGGACACAAAUAUAGGUGAACUUGAGAAGGCUCUUUCCUGGAGUUUAGCACCAAAAUUGGGCUCUAGGAUUCCAGUUCCUUCAGCUAAUAGCCUGGAUGUGGAGGAAGCUGAUUCUUCGCAGUUAUCAUCUCCAUCUGAAACCAACUCAAAGGAAGUCUAUACUGUGGAGCUUGUUAAAGACGACGGGACUUUUGGAAUCAGUGUGACUGGUGGAAUUAACACUAGUGUGCGUCACGGUGGGAUAUAUGUGAAGUCAAUUAUUCCCAUGGGACCAGCAGAUAAGGACGGACAAAUAAAGAUAGGUGAUCGUCUGCUGGAAGUAGAUGGCAUCAGCCUCUGUGGCAUCACCCAUAAGCAGGCUGUGGAACACCUAAAGAAAUCUGGACAGAUUGCCAAGCUGGUUCUAGAAAGGGGAAACUACCAAUUGGCAGAGCCAUGCUUGACUGCUAAUGACAGAAAGGAGGACCAAUGUGCAGUUGUUUCUGUGGCAACAUCCUUCACAGAUGGUACCAAGGACUACUGCUUUUUGACAGAUGAUAAUACAUUUGAAGUCCAAUUGACAAAGAAUUCUGGAGGCCUCGGCUUUAGUGUUCUGCAAAUGGAAGGAGAUGCUUGUGAACACCUUGGAGGAGCUAUUGUCAGGAUCAAAAGACUGUUUCCAGGACAGCCAGCUGAAGAGAAUGGUGAAAUUGAAGUUGGAGACAUCAUUUUAGCUGUGAAUGGGAAACCUGUUCAAGGACUCUUGUAUCAGGAUGUCCUGCACUUGUUGAGAGGAGCUCCUCCAGAAGUCACACUACUACUUUGCAGACCACCAAAAGGUGUUCUUCCAGAAAUAGAGCAGAGUGCCCUGACUCCAGCACCAUCUCCAAUUAAGGAGUUUGUGACAGAAAUGCCAGGCAGUACAGUGGUAGGAAAUAGUAUGGAUCAGUCUACCAGUGAUGGUGAUAGCACCUCUCCAGACCUUGAAGACUGCUUGGAUUCUCCAGUGGCAGCAGAUUUCAGUGAGCCUCCUGAAGAUGACAGCUCAACCUACGAAGAGCAGGAAGCUGAGUUUCAAGAGGUGCCCAUACAGAAACUUAUGGCUCCCAGGGAAAGUUUCUAUAAGCGUCUUUGGAAGUUUCAUCAAGAAUCUGCCAGUUCUGAAGUCUUCCACUCUCUAGAAGAAGAAAUGAAGCAGAACUGCUACUCACCACGUGAUUUUGGACAGGCCAAAAGGUAG